CAUCUGCAACUUCAUAUGUGUCUAAAAGAUCCGCUGUCAAAGUUGUUUGUAAAAUUAUUCUUCAUCUCCCCGAAAACUAAACAAAAUCCAACCGAAUUGCAAUUCCAACGUGUUUGUUGGGAUAAAUACUGAAUAUGGACGAGGAAUUCGAAGAGGAUGGAUGGAUGGGACAUCGACAUAGAUCCGGUGAAGAUGAGGAUGGUCCGGAUGAGAUUAUGGAAAAUCCCCAGGAAGUACUUAGCGAGUGUUUGCUUAAAUUUGCCACACCAGAUUACAUAAUGGAACCAGGCAUUUUUGCUCAACUUAAACGUUACUUCCAAGCGGGCGGCACGCCGGAACAGGUCAUCAACUUAGUUUCACAGAAUUAUUCGGGCGUAGCACAAAUGGCCAAUUUAUUAGCCGAAUGGUUGAUCCUCGCUGGCAUUCGAGUGACGGAAGUGCAGAAAAUGGUCGAAAAUCACUUGAAAGACAUGAUUUUGCGGACAUUCGAUCCGAAGAAGGCUGACACUAUUUUUACCGAAGAGGGAGAAACGCCAGCCUGGUUAACCGAAAUGAUUGACCAUCAUACGUGGCGAUCGUUGAUUUAUCGAUUGGCCGAAGACUAUCCGGACUGUUUGAUGCUGAAUUUCACCAUCAAACUAAUAUCGGACGCUGGCUUCCAAAGUGAGAUCACAUCGAUAUCGACGGCUGCCCAACAAAUCGAAGUAUUUUCGAGAGUCUUAAAGACUGCUAUCACGAAAUUCCUAACGCAUCCGGAUGAUAUGCAAAAGUGUAUAGAAGAAUGUGCUCGAAUGGUGUGCCAUGGUCAACAUACAUAUGUGUACAGUCAAGUGCUUGUGCAAGUUUUGUCGCAGGAACCGAAGGGUGGAUUUAUAAUGAAACGACUUGCUCAAGAAAUCACCAAAUACGCACUACAAAACAAUCAGAACGUUACGCCGAUCACAAUGACUUUGAAUGGUUCAGCGGCAUAUCCUCAAGCGUGCCUCGCACUUUCGUCUAUGUUAUCGAGAAAUACAUUGAAUCCAGCCGACAUAACGGUGCUCUAUAGAAAUUAUUCAGCGCCCGAUCCGCCACCCAUAGAUUUAAUUCGAAAUCCGCAAUUUCUACAAUUGCUGGUGGACUCGUUAUUCAAAGCCGGCGUCAAAAUCAAUCCCGAACACAAAUCCAAAUACAUUUACUUGUUGGCUUAUGCAGCUAGUGUUUGUGAAACACAAUCGAAGAAAGGCUCCAAGCAAAACCGUUUGAUCAACAAGGACGAACUGAAAAGUACUUCGCAAGCAGUGGAAAAGGUGCACGCUAUCUGCAACGUGCAUAAAGGUUCGGCCGAACUGAUUGCCGACUUUCAAACAUUGUACACCUGCAUUAGAUAUCCAGUCGUUGGUGUCGGUGUGAUUCGAUGGAUCGAGAAUACCGUUACCGAACCGUCAUAUUUCAAAUUGUCCACGGACAGUUGUCCGCCGCAUUUGGCUGUCUUGGACGAAGUGGCCAAUGUCCAUCCGUCGUUGCAUGGUCAAAUUCUUCAACUGCUGAUUAGAAUUUUCGAAUCGAAACAGGACGAGUUGGAGAUUCUUGUGCAAUUGGAAAUGAAGAAAAUGCUGCUUGACCGCAUGGUCAAUCUACUGACUAGAGGCUGUGUGGUUCCGGUCGUUAAAUACAUUAAACAAUGCUGCCAAAAGGAUGAUACCGACAUUUCGUUGAUUCGGUACUUCGUCAAAGAGGUUCUUGAAACUAUAACGCACCCGUAUUCACCGGAAUUCGUUCAAUUAUUCCUGCCAAUGGUCGAGAAUGAGGAAAUUACCGGUUCAAUGCGCGGUGAAGGACAGGAAGGUGAUCCGGUAUCUGAAUUCAUAGUUCAUUGCAAGGCCCAUUACACCACAGUGUGAAAAGAGAAAUAUUUUGUUUUGCCAUUUCAUUUUUGAAACACAACGACAAAUUGAAACAAUAAAAAUUUUGUCUUUUUGUUCGGUAUGUACAUGCUAUGCGACACCUUAGACGAGAGAAAAAAAAAUAGCAUUUCGAACUAAAAGAUCUUUACAAACAAA